GUUGUUUGUUUUUUUUUUUAACAGAUGGUUUGAUGUGCUGCAGAAAGUUUCUACACAGCUGAAAACUAGCAUUUCCAGUGCAGCAAAACAUCGUGCUGAUAAGAAUGCUAUUCACAAUCACAUUCGUUUAUUUGAACCCCUUGUCAUAAAAGCAUUGAAACAAUACACAACAACAACGUCGGUACAGCUGCAGAGACAAGUUCUAGACUUGCUUGCUCAACUGGUUCAGCUGCGAGUUAACUACUGUCUGCUGGAUUCAGAUCAGGUGUUUAUUGGAUUUGUGCUAAAGCAGUUUGAAUACAUCGAAGUAGGACAGUUCAGGGAGUCUGAAGCAAUUAUUCCUAAUAUCUUCUUUUUCCUGGUGUUGCUGUCUUAUGAGCGGUAUCAUUCCAAACAAAUAAUUGGAAUUCCCAAGAUCAUUCAGCUGUGUGAUGGUAUCAUGGCCAGUGGAAGGAAAGCUGUUACACAUGCAAUACCAGCUCUGCAACCCAUUGUUCAUGAUCUCUUUGUGUUAAGAGGAACAAAUAAAGCUGAUGCUGGGAAAGAGUUGGAGACGCAGAAGGAGGUGGUGGUAUCAAUGCUGCUGAGACUUAUCCAGUACCAUCAGGUACUAGAAAUGUUCAUCUUAGUAUUGCAGCAGUGUCAUAAAGAAAAUGAAGACAAGUGGAAGAGAUUGUCCCGGCAAAUAGCUGACAUUAUUCUCCCAAUGCUUGCAAAGCAACAGAUGCAUAUAGACUCUCAUGAUGCUCUGGGAGUAUUGAACACUCUGUUUGAAAUUUUGGCUCCUUCAUCCCUUCGCCCUGUGGACAUGCUUUUAAGGAGUAUGUUUGUUACUCCUAAAACAAUGGCAUCAGUGAGCACUGUCCAGCUCUGGAUUUCUGGAAUUUUAGCUAUCCUUAGAGUUCUGAUUUCACAGUCAACAGAAGACAUCGUUCUAUCCCGUAUACAAGAGCUUUCCUUCUCACCUUAUUUGAUUUCAUGUCAAGCAAUUAACAGACUGAGAUGUGGAGAAAACAUAUCCACGCCAGAGGAUCACACUGAGGGUAAACAGGCAAAAUAUCUGCCUGAAGAGACAUUUUCUAGAUUCUUAUUACAACUGGUUGGCAUUCUACUGGAAGAUAUUGUUAACAAGCAAUUAAAGGUGGACAUGAAUGAGCAGCAACAUACUUUCUACUGCCAGGAGCUGGGCACACUGCUUAUGUGCUUAAUACAUAUCUUCAAAUCAGGGAUGUUUAGAAGAAUCACAGCUGCAGCCACCAGGCUUUUUACAGGAGAUGGAUCUGAUGGUAGUUUCUACACCCUUGAAAGUUUGAGUGACCUUGUUCAGUCCAUGAUUCCCACACAUCCUUCUUUAGUUCUCCUCUGGUGUCAAAUCCUGCUUCUUGUCAAUUAUACCAACUACAACUGGUGGUCAGAAGUGCAUCAAACCCCAAAGCGACACAGUCUUUCUACUACUAAAUUGCUUAGCCCUCAUAUAUCUGGAGACAGUGAUGAAACAGAUUUGGAAUCUAAACGGGGCAUGUGCAAUCGGGAGAUAGUGAGAAGAGGAGCACUCAUUCUUUUUUGUGACUAUGUUUGUCAAAAUCUACAUGAUUCAGAACAUCUGACCUGGCUUAUUGUGAAUCAUGUUCAAGACUUGAUUAAUCUGUCCCAUGAGCCUCCAGUACAAGACUUCAUUAGUGCUGUUCACAGGAAUUCAGCAGCCAGUGGUCUCUUCAUCCAGGCCAUUCAGUCACGGUGUGAGAAUCUUGCAGCUCCCACAACUCUGAAGAAGACUUUGCAGUGCUUGGAGGGAAUACAUCUCAGCCAGUCUGGGGCUGUCCUGACCCUGUAUGUGGAUAAGCUCCUGUGCACCCCGUUCCGGGUGCUCGCCCGCAUGGUCGACACUCUGGCUUGUCGGCGGGUGGAAAUGCUUCUGGCUGCAACUUUGCAGAACAGCAUUGCUCAGCUACCAGUUGAAGAACUUGAUAGAAUUCAGGAGUACCUUCAAAACAGUGGAUUAGCAACAAGACACCAAAGACUUUACUCGCUCUUGGAUAGGUUUCGUCUUAUGGUAGCACCAGACACAACUAGUCCUUCACCUCUGGUUACCUCACACCCAUUAGAUGGAGAAGACCAACCAGCUUUAGAGAAUGUAAUUCUAGACAAAGACUGGUAUGUGUCACUUGUGAGGUCACAGUGUUGCAUCAGAUCUGACUCAGCACUGCUGGAAGGUGCAGAGCUGGUAAAUAGGAUUCCUCAGCCUGACCUGAACUCCUUCAUGACCAGCAAGGAAUUCAACCUAAGCUUGUUAGCACCUUGUUUAAGCCUUGGCAUGAAUGAAAUCUCAAGGGACCAGAAGAGUAGCCUCUUUGAAACAGCUCGGAGGGUAACUCUGGAUCACGUGUCUUCUGCUGUACAAAACCUUCCUGCCAACCACCAGGUUUUUCAACCACUAUUGCCACCUGAGCCAUCAGCCUACUGGAAAAAACUAAGCGAUAUCUUUGGAGAUGAGGUGCUGUAUCAGUCUAUGAUGACACUUUGUCGUGCACUGGCUCAGUAUUUGUUGUUACUCUCAAAACUACCAGUUGGUCUCCGUGUUCCUCCUGACAAAGAGGAUGAUAUCCUGAAAUUUGUAGUGAUGUCAAUAGAGGCACUAUCAUGGCAUUUAAUGCAUGACCAGAUUCCAUUAAGUGUAGAUCUUCAAGCUGGUCUGGAUUGUUGCUGUCUGACACUACAGCAGCCUAGUCUCUGGAAUUUGCUGGCUUCUGCAGCUCAUGCAACAUAUGCUUGCUCCUUAAUUAAUUGCAUUAGAUUUAUCAUAGAAGCAGUUGCUGUGGAACCUGGUAAUCAACUUCUUAGUCCUGAAAGAAAGAAGAAUACUUCAAAACCUUUAAGUGAUGGUGAAGUUGAUUCAAAUGUACCAAAAACCAAGCACGUUACUGCAGCGUGUGAAAUGAUAGCUGAGAUGGUGGAAUGCUUGCAGACUGUCUUGUCACUGGGGCACAAAAGAAACAGCAGUAUCCCUGCCUUUCUUACUCCUGUCCUCAAGAACAUCAUCAUCAGUUUAGCAAGGCUGCCUCUAGUGAACAGUUACACAAGAGUACCUCCCUUGGUGUGGAAAUUAGGCUGGUCACCAAAGCCUGCAGGUGACUUUGGCACAGUUUUUCCUGAAAUCCCAGUAGAAUUUCUUCAAGAAAAAGAAAUCUUUAAGGAGUUCAUCUAUCGCAUUAAUACACUUGGAUGGAUCAGCCGUACUCAGUUUGAAGAGACUUGGGCUACUUUGCUUGGUGUGCUCGUAACUCAGCCUAUUGUAAUGGAUCAAGAGGAGAACCAGCAAGAGGAAGAUACAGAGAGGACCCAAAUUAAUGUUCUUGCAGUACAAGCCAUAACCUCCCUGGUGCUGAGUGCAAUGACAAUACCUGUUGCUGGCAAUCCAGCAGUCAGUUGUUUGGAACAGCAGCCCCGCAACAAAGCUUUAAAAGCUCUGGACACAAGGUUUGGGAGGAAGCUAAGUGUUAUCAGGGGAAUUGUCGAACAGGAAAUCCAAGCAAUGGUAUCCAAGAGAGAUAAUAUUGCUACUCAUCACUUAUACCAAGCUUGGGACCCUGUUCCAUCACUUUCUCCUGCUACUACAGGUGCUCUUAUCAGCCAUGAAAAACUCUUACUGCAGAUCAAUACUGAACGAGAAAUAGGAGAUAUGGAUUAUAAACUGGGACAGGUCUCUAUACACUCCAUGUGGUUGGGAAAUAAUAUCACUCCACUGAGAGAAGAAGAGUGGGGUGAGGAUGAAGAAGAUGAGAAUGACGUACCUGCUCCUUCCUCUCCACCAACCUCUCCUAUAAACACCAGGAAACACAGGGCUGGUGUAGAUAUACAUUCUUGCUCUCAGUUCUUGCUUGAACUGUACAGUCAGUGGAUAUUGCCAUCAAACCCUAGCAAGAGAACACCAGUUAUUUUGAUCAGUGAAGUGGUUCGAUCACUUCUGGCAGUAUCAGACUUGUUUACAGAAAGGAAUCAGUUUGAGAUGAUGUAUACAACAUUGACAGAGUUGAGAAAGGUGCAUCCAUCAGAAGAUGAGAUUCUUGUACAGUAUUUGAUACCAGCUACCUGUAAAGCUGCUGCUGUUCUGGGAAUGGAUAAAGCUGUGGCUGAACCAGUAAGUCGACUGCUGGAAUCAACCCUAAGAAGCACCCAUAUGCCAAGUCGGAUUGGAGCUCUGCAUGGAAUUCUUUAUAUCCUUGAGUGUGACUUGCUUGAUGAGACAGCAAAGCAACUCAUUCCAAUUAUCAGCGAGUAUCUGCUCUCCAAUUUGAGAGGAGUAGCACAUUGUGUGAAUAUCCAUAACCAACAGCACAUCUUGGUAAUGUGUGCAGCUGCUUUCUAUUUGAUUGAGAAUUACCCACUUGAUGUAGGGCCUGAAUUCUCUGCAGGAAUUAUCCAGAUGUGUGGAGUCAUGGUGUCUGGAAGUGAUGAAUCAACACCAUCCAUUAUUUAUCAUUGUGUCCUGAGAGGAUUAGAACGACUCCUCCUUUCAGAGCAACUUUCUAGGCUGGAUAGUGAAUCACUGGUUAAACUGAGCGUUGACAGGGUGAAUGUGCAGAGCCCCCACAGAGCAAUGGCAGCCCUUGGAUUAAUGCUGACUUGCAUGUACACAGGAAAGGAAAAAAUCAGCCCCAGUCGUAUCACAGAUGCAAAUCCUGGUGCUCCUGACAGUGAAUCUGUGAUCGUAGCUAUGGAACGAGUGUCUGUCCUUUUUGAUAGGAUCAGGAAGGGAUUUCCUUUUGAAGCUAGAGUAGUGGCUCGGAUCCUUCCACAGUUCCUUGAUGAUUUUUUUCCCCCACAAGAUGUAAUGAAUAAAGUUAUUGGAGAAUUUCUGUCCAAUCAACAGCCAUAUCCACAAUUCAUGGCAACAGUAGUUUAUAAGGUAUUCCAGACACUACAUAGCACUGGACAGUCCUCAAUGGUCCGUGACUGGGUGAUGCUCUCUCUCUCUAACUUCACGCAAAGAACACCCGUGGCAAUGGCAAUGUGGAGUCUUUCCUGUUUUUUUGUCAGUGCUUCCACCAGUCAAUGGAUUUCAGCAAUUCUUCCACAUAUUAUCAGCAGAAUGGGAAAAUCAGAGCAAGUGGAUGUUAACAUCUUCUGUUUGGUGGCCAUAGACUUCUACCGACAUCAGAUAGAUGAAGAAUUAGAUCGGAGGGCCUUUCAGUCGGUGUUUGAGGUGGUGGCGUCUCCAGGAACCCCAUAUCAUCGCCUACUAAGUUGUUUGCAAAAUGUGCACAAGGUCACAGCAUGUUGAGCACCCUGAUGUGUAGUGGAACUGCAUGACUAGUGUUGGAAUAUGAAUUAUGGGGAAUGCAAGAUCAAGAAAAUAUCUGGGGUUGCAUUUGUGAUAAAUAUGGACCUGUCAGUUUUACUUCCAGCACGCACGGACAAGUGCUCUGCAGCACUGGAAAUCACCUGAGAAGUCUAGUGUAGUUCUCGUUGACACCAGGCACCUGUGAGUGGAAAGAAGUAUGUCAGUGUUUUUCAAGUGGUGUGUGGGACUAACCUGAGACACACAUAGUAGCUGUAAAUACGAGCAAGUACCACAUGCAAGGUAACUGGUAUUCCUCUUCUUCCAGUGUUCAGCUGAAGCCACUGUGGUGCAGCCGGUAAGACACUGACAGACUGUUACUGCUGCAGUCAUUAGCCAACUUCAUAGUUUUAUGUCCCUGUAUAUACUGUUGUGUAGUACAGAAUAGAAAUUGUUUCCUAAUGUCUCUCCCAAACAAGGAAAAGAGAAAAUGGCUUUUAUGAUUUGCACCUCCAGCAUGUGAUUUCUCUCUCUGGACUUUCUGAUAUCCAGUGGUGUAUGUGUUGGUGAUAUCGGAGAUAUAGUGCACAUACGUAACCACACAUUUUUCUUUUUAAUUCUCAGGAUUUAAAAUUUGAGUACGGUAUAUCAGUGAAAGAAAUUUUAACUUAAAUAUUUCUAUAUUAUGUACAGUAUGUAAAAUUGUAAGAUGUGUCGUGCAUGAGCUGUGCUGUAAUUGGAGAUGAACAGAAGCCAUGCUACUGAAUGUCUUGACAUCUGUAUUGUCCUCAUUUUUUUUCCCUUUGCUUGAAUUCAUGUUCCUUUUGGAAAUCCAUCUUAAUGUACAGAUUACAUCUUGUUUUGCAUCUCACUUUUUCUCAAAGUGCUUUAAAACUGGAAUAUGUUGAUUAAUUUGUCUUGAGAAACUGUACUAAGGAGGCAUUCUUGUGAUCCAUUUUACUAUAGCUUCUUUUGAAUUCUUUUAUUUUGAGACAUAAUGGUAAAAAAGAGGACUAGUUACUCUGGAUCAAACUUUAGAUACUUAAGAAACUGCUCUUAUUUGCUGCACAGCAUUUUAAGAGACAAAAUGGUGCAAGCUCCCCAGUAGUCAACAACUGUUUGACCUUUCCUAACUGAGACCAUGGAGUCACCUGGGUUCAAACCACUCUCAUGUAAACAAAUUUUUGGUGGCAGUUAAGAAUCAGAAGGCUGCUGUGGUCUACUUGGGGACUGACUAAAGUGUUAAAUUACACAACCUCUUUUAUUACCUGUUGUAUACAUAAUGCUUUAGACACAAACAGUACAAAUAUCCAUGAAUUUCAGGACACUACACAGGGCCAGAUUUAGGUUUUACUCACCACCCAGGGAAUGCCAUUGAUUCCUAAGCUUUACAUGAGGAAAUCUAGCACAGCAUUUGUCUUUAGUUGUAUUUGUUGUCAUUCUUUCAUUAUAGAGAAAUGAUACCUUGGUUCUCGGUCAGAUCCUACAUGUAAUCUCUCUUCAUUUCCUUAUCACACCUUUUGGUGACACUUGGAAAAAUGAGAUAGUGUUGUCAGGAGGAGCAUGUACUGUAUGUAUUUCUGUAUAUAAUGUAUAUGUUGAAAUUAUACACAUGUGACAACAUUUAAUGUAUACAGAUGUGUAUAUUUGUAUUUAUUAAACCCAUGUAUUUAAACUAAUUCCAAUCUAGACCAAAAAUUGUUGCUUCUGCCCAUAAAUUGAUUACAAAGGAAUUGUCCGCUGGUGUCACUUCCUUUUAGAAACUGGUAGAGGAAAUUGAUAGUGUGGGCAGUAGAAACAACUGUAGAUGUUGCUGUAUUUAGCUCUCUACAGAUCUUACUAUCUAGAGCAAUUAUUUCCACCCUUAGUUGGGUUACUCUUCUUUCUUGGGCCACAUCACUGUGGUGAUUUUUAAAGAAACUGAACAGGAUUUCAGAAAAAGGUUUAAUAAAACAGAUACUGUUUGAAAGUUUUUGAGUUAUAUUGGAAAUUAUCUUAAUUCUGAUAAAAGUCUAAUUCCAGGCAGUGAGAUAUAAUGCCCUGUGUUUUCAUUAAGGGGUAGUAUAGAUCACGCUUCCCUUUUGUAACCAUCAGUAAUCGUUUUGUACUGUAAACCCACACACCAGUCAGUUUUUGUAUGAUAUAUAGUUUAAGUGAAGAUAUUUUUGUAAGCUAUUUUCCAAAAUUUAAAAUAGAUUUUAAUAUAUUUUUUAAGCAUCAAGUUAGUCAUAUUCUCACCGUAUAACAGUAUAUGUUGUGUUACAAAACUGUUAAAUUCUUCAUAAUUUUAAGCUCCUCAUGAUUAACACAAACUAGCUGGUUACUUUACCUUGGGAUCAGGGAGCUAGACCCUUUAUGAAACUUUCCAAACCAGUUUGGGACUUGCUAUAGAAUCUUUCCAACCACUGAAGAAAUACAUUGAAGUCAGCAUGGAUUGGCUGGAUGAAAAACAUUAGUUGUGGCAGGCUCCCUUUCCUCAAAUGCCCAUUGCCAGCCUUAGAGCAAAUAUUUGCAUUACCUGUUUCAAGACAAGCUCUAGAGCUGAUGCAGUCAGUUCUAACCUCACACAGAUUCAUUGGUAGUAAUGACUUCAUCUGUUUUAACCUCUCUUGGAGAUUUGUCUUAGUAUAUACACCUCCUGUAACGUGUCCUAAGUGUCUAAAGAGGGGCACCUCCUCAUAGGAAAUUCUCUGUGACCUGAAGGGAAUGUAGCUUAAGGGUCUUCCUAGUGUGCAAACACACUCUGGUAGUGCUUCAGUUCUAACAUUUCACUGCAGCACACUUCCCUGUCCACUUCCCAGACAUGCUUGCUGCACCCUCAUUUCUUUUGGAGUGAAAUCAUAUUCAAAAUCACUCCUUUCUGCUCUUAGUGACAAGAGGUGUGUGACAGGGGCAGUAGCAGCACAACAGUGGCCACAUAGAGAUACCGAUGUUGGGUUUAAAGGAAAUAAAUAUAUUGCUUGUCCCUUGAGAUUGACUUAAUGCGAGAUUUUAUUUCACAGAAUGUUUUUAACUUGCUGUAGACAGAAAGCUAAUUCUGAAAAAUCAGGCUGUUCAUUUUUUCAUUGAUAGCAGGGUAGAAGUGUGUUUGGGCUUAAGACAUACAUUUGGUAUUCUGGCUAAACAAAGCAAACAGCAUCUUUAAUGUGCUUUGCAGUGAAACUGGCUUUUUUGCAGCCUUACGAGAUGAGAGGUAUGGCAGGACAGGGAACAUACUUGAGACCGAUUAAUGUUUAAAACUUCAUUUACAAUUCAGUUGUCAAAGAACUUACUUUACUAAAUCUAUAACGUGGCCCUCCUCUAAGAACACCAUAUGCCAGCCAACUUGUUAUAAAUAGUUUUUGGGCCAGCUACCCACUGGCCCAUUAAAUAAAGUUUGAUUUGUGUUUCAUUUCAGCGUGCCCCCUCCCUUGCACUGAGUGCAAGAGUGAGGAGUUGGAAACUACAACCCAUUGUAAACCAGUUUUAUUUGCAGAAUUCAAAGUUUUCUUUACUAUUUAUGUUCUUUUCCAGUUGAAAUUGAAUGUGAGUUUAUUUAAAUCUUUUCUAAAGUGUAUACUCAGAUGUCAGUUCUUACCUAAAGCAUCUAUUAAAUGAUUGUGUGUUA